AUGGUGGCUCCUUAUUACAUUUCCAUCACAGGAUUCACCCUCAAGUCGAUAAUUUACCUUCCAAAGUUCAUGUCCUAUUCAAUCCCUGCUGAAAAACAGGCUGCCGCCGCUGAGGGCAACCUAUUCACCGAAACGACGUAUAUUGACGGGAUCCUUCACACAUUAACCGCCUGGAAAGACAAACAAAGUAUGCGCAAGUAUAUGUUGUCAGGCGCUCAUGCCAAAGCGCUGAAAGUGUCUCGCGAAAUUGGCGAAUACUCUUACGGAACAAAGACCUAUGGAUAUGAAGCUGAAACGAUACCAAACUGGAAAGAAGCAAGGCAAAUCUGGGAAGAAAAGGGAACACUACACGGAAAGCCAAUACCAACCAAAGCACCAACCUGUAAGACCACACAACAUUCCAAAAUCUUGUUUGGAGGGAACCUGUAUGUGAAAAUUCUAGUGGCAUGUUCAGCAUGGUUCUUGCUGACAAAGAUGAAGAUCUGA